AUGGUUUCUUCUGUCCAUUCCGUAGUAAUAGCUUUACACAGCCAGGAGCUUUUGGCCAAAUCGACAGCGACGCUGACAGAGGUCUACCAGCUGGUGCCCGAGGUGUCUUUGGGCAGAGUGAGUGCGCAGCAAGCCGACGAAGCUAUCGAGCGAUUGCACAAUGUGUUCGGUCAAUUACUCGAAAGAUGCGAUAAUGUCAGCUGGAUGGAACGGCAAGCAGCGGAAGUGCUUGACGCCAAUCAGCUUCAUAUCUGGCGAAAGCACUUAGAUAUCGUCCUGUGGACUCGAGCAUGGUCCGCAUUGCGCGCACAACAGCGCAAGACGAAGUCCUCCAACGCAGAAAGCAAACAGUUGUCGGAAGCAGAAGCAGAGAGCAUCGUGCCCGCUGCGGCGCCCUUGGGCAACGCUUUCAUGUGUAUGUUCCAAGAGGAACUGCGAGCGGAACCAGACAAGAAGGCCAUCACAGAGGCCGAACAGCGUAGCAGCCAAGCAGUGCAGGCCCUGCUCGAACAGAGCUUCUCGUGGGACCAUAUUUUCGAGAUACCCGACUUGCUGAAUUUUCCAGCGACGGCCGCAGAAAGAUUCUUGGAGCUCAUGCAGGCGCUCCAGUUAUCCCGCGAACCAGCGGCGAGCGAAGCCAGCAAUGAUCAAGUGGAUUACUUGGCGAGGGCGGCUCCGUACGACCCGCUCAGCGAGGGUGUGAUCGCAUCGGAAGAUGAAAUUGCUAACCGCGGACACGCAGGAGUGCCGCUGCUCCCAGAAGGGGCUCCACAACCUGUGCCUCCGGAUGGUCUCUGCCUCAGCUACGCCUGCGUGGGCGCCCAGAACCCGAGGUAUCUAGCAAAAAUGCGCCGAGAUCGAAGCGGAUUUGUUGUGGACGAAAGAGAAGCCUCAAGAUUUCGCACGGCUGCCUUGAACUUUCGCGCGGCCGUGGCCGUGCGAGCUCGCAGAGCAGCCAGAGCAGACAUUGCAACAGCAUUGCAGAGUGGCGACUGGCCGAGCGAGGCGGCGCUGCACUUUUUUGCGGAGGAGUUGGGGGGGAGUCUGAUGGUGACCUCUUUGUUUUCCGAGGAGAAGAUGUUAUUCGGGCAGGGUCCUAUUACAGUUCACGUACUACACGGAGUGACGGAGCCGGAUGCAGAUGGACAUUCCUCCGGUCACUUCGAACUGUUGCAGUCAUGGUUGCCUGCCGAUGAAAAGCCGAGCGGCUCCAGAACAAAGAAGAAAAGAUCUUCGUCACUCCGAGAACAUGAGGAGUCCGAGAGCAGUAAGCCGCAGAAGAAGAAGCCGAAGCCAGGAAAGCACAAAGCCGGCUCUGCCGCGAUAGACCCGAAUGUCAGCGGCGUGCGCAAAGCAAGGGACUUCGACCCGGAGGAGCCAGGGGAGGCGGUUGUAUUCAAUCCAGACGAAAUUCGAGAAGAUUCGCAUGCAACGGAGCAGCACCAGAGCACAGCGGCGUUAGUUUCGAGAGCGUCUGGGAACGCGACGCCGACCCGCAGAACGGCAGAUGUGGGUUGUGGCGACAUGAGCAAAGUCAAAAGAAUCUCGAAAGCGAAGGUUGCAGAGGCCGUGUCCCAGGACCCUCUGACAUCUCAGCCUCUACUCCUCGACAGCAGCUCGGAAGCAGAGUCGGCUGAAGUUUCCAGGUUUUAUUCGCAGCUUCUGGACGAAGGAAGUCAAGAAGAGCACGCAGAACCAUUGCCCGACAAGAGUGUCCCUGAGAGACGUAGUGCCUUGAAGACAUCAUCGCUGUAUCGAGCCCAACAACGAAAAGCACAGGAAGACGAAGCAUGGCAAACGUGGCUGGCAGACCGCGAGAUAGAGGCCACGUCCAAAGACUUCGCAGAGGAAGCAGAGGCAUGGUGGCAGGACUACGAGGAGCAGCGGCGGGCCAAGAGGCAGCGCAGUGAGAGCAACAUCGGUUGGACGGACGAAAAGCCGAAGCACGGUGACAGAAUCUUGGUGUUGAGACAGCCUUACCUCGGGUGGAUUUUGGCGGGAACGAAAACUCUGGAAAUUCGAGAUAAACCUCUGCGUGCACAACAUGUUUGGCUCGGUCACAAAGAGCUCAUCCUUGGUCGCGCUUACAUGGACGGAGCAGAGCAGAUUCUCACAGACGAGGAAUGGAAGAGACUUCUGCCACAGCAUCGCUGGGACAGGACUGCGCGACCUUACAAGAGAACCUACGGUUUGCGUCUAAGCCAAGUGUGCCGCACGCGACGGCCGCACGAGUAUACGCACCCGCUGGGUGCGAUCGGCAUGGUGGUCUAUCGCGAGGAAACUCGCCCGGAGGCAUGCAACACAGAGGCAGUUGUUCAACAGUCUAAGUUGUGUCCUGGCAGGCAUGAAGAAGCUUGUCGCUUCCAUCGAGAUGGCAGUGGGCGACCCGCUGGACCUUCUAAGCACAGUAAAACCGGCAGAUGCAUGUUCUGCGAUGCCACGGCACUGCGAGAAGUUCAUCGCGUCGCUCCUUCGACUAUCACGAGAGCCUUGAACCAUUUGAAGGCAAAGGCUGCGGAGGUGCACCGCCUGGCACGAACGCGCGUGCAGGAGACUCUGGAGGCAUUUUCGUCGGUUGUGAGCCUGGAAGAUCGUAUUUGUCAUGUGGCGUUGUCUGACACAGAAGUACAAGAAGCUGCCAAAGCCAGAGACAACGAUGCCAAGAGGGCCCGUCGCAAGUUUCCGACGCUUUAUGAGGACGAGAAGCAACAUGGUGAUUGGCAGAGCACGGCGGCAAAGACCUUCCAAAAGUGGGCCGAAGAGGAAAGUUGGACAACAUGCCCUGGCUGCAAGCGCCUGCGAACGCAGCGGUUCCCCGCAGGAAGUCGUCGCAGUAAUGCUCGCUGCAACCAUUGUGCGAAAGGCGCAGGAUAUGUCGCGCCAACCCCCGGCGACGUGCCGCUGGCACUCAGAGGCAUGUCUCGGGUCGUGCUGGAGUGUCUCCGGCCGUUUAGCAUCUCCUGCGGGCCCGGCGAACGCUCGCCCUCCGGGUAUUGGGUGCAUACUGCUCCGAUUCGAUUUCGUUGGAAGAGUGCUACACUGACAGAACGCAUUGCCAGUCUCGAGGUGGAGCGCGAACGCAAGCACGCCCGAGUCGCAAGCGAGUGGCUCCUCGAAAACGAAGAGUCGGCAUACAAGAAGUUCAAUGAGCUGCAGGAAGCGUAUGUGAUGGCUUCGCAGAAGCAGGAAGAUGCAGAAGAAACACCUCUAACAGAGCUCAUGCCACUGCGGUUCAUGGAGACGGUGGGCAUCGAGUGCGCGGCAUGGCCGCAUUUGUAUUGGAAGACCGCCAUGUGUGAAACCUUUGUAAGAUCGCGAGACAGCCGUCGACUCAAGAGAACUGCAGAUGACCGGAGCGACAGCGACGAGAACGAAGAAGACGUGCAGAAGCAUCAGAGCUUCAAGGGUCUGCUCGGGGAGAAGGUUGUUUAUUUUGCACGCCUGGAGUUCCAAGACGGCAAGAGACAAUCCUGGCAGCAAAAGCUCAGAACACAGUUCUAUCACGGUCGAGGUACCGUGCACGUCCACGUCCUUGUUUGGUUGCGAGAGGACGCGGACAAGGGAAGGUUGCCAAGCCUCAUAUCAGCGGAGCUUCCCCCAGCGGGUACGCCUCUCGGCGACCUAGUACGAGGAUCCCAGUUGGAUCGCCAUGACAGCGCAUGGCCUCGACGAGAAGAAGCUUCGAUUUGGGACAUCGUUUCCCAGACACUGCAGCUGAAACAUCCGCGCGAUGCUUGGGAAGCAAAAGUGAGAGCUUACAUGCCCGACGUGCUCGGGUGUCUGAGAUGCCAUAUGGAUGUUCAGGCCAGUGACGGCCGGGGCAUGAUUUUGAGAUAUGCAGCCGGGUACAUCUCCAAAUUUUCGCAAUUAUGGACUCUGGAAGGGCAACUCGACAAGCGCGAUAUCGCGCACAGCAUCCUGUGGCAGUACCACCCACUUGAGAUGGAAAUGGUCCUUCAACUUGCAAGCCACAUCCUGCCGCAGUGCACUCACACAGGCCACAUUCGUCGUUUCGUGGUGCCGGUGCCAUGGAGCAGCAGCCGAUUACCUCGGGAAAUUGAACUGUACGAGAAGAGCAUGUGGCGAGCAGACACUAUGCCAUUGUUGGAAUUUUUGCGUCGAAGCAAUUCCAAGGGCGAGAUUAGCGGGGACAUUCGCCGAAGAUAUGAGGACGAGAAGCCGAGUUGUACGCUGAACGAGUUUGCCAACAAGUGCUCGACGCAAGGGAGCACCAUGGUUGCAACAGUUCUCUACGCUCGGAGCAACGACAACUUUUUCAAGCAAUGGAUGUUGCUGAACGUACCCUUUCGUAGCUUGAAUGAUCUCUGGCAUGCCACUGUGGAUAAUAUCCCUGAGGACCUGCAAGGCCUUGCGUUGUGUUUGCACCACUGUCCGAGAUACUGGCAGUCCAUGCCUGCCAUCCGACAAGAAAUGGAAGCAGAAGCUUGGAAAGAUUACCACAUCGAGAACGUGAUCUCCAGCGUGAAGGCGAAAACAGAGAUGAUUCAACAAAUAAGGGCUGGAAACUAUGAGCCACUGGUCGCAACUACCUGCGAGCAGCAUGUGGCCGCUCUACCCAACGAGAGCGAGUUGUCUGCCGAACAGCGACAUCUGGUGCAAGCCAUGACGAACCUUGUGAUAGCUGCCGCGGAGAAACGAUGCGGCGGGACGGUCGCAGCUGAACAGUGGAACGAGCACGUGCAACGAGCAAGCCAUGCGCGCGCCAUCGGAUGUCUCGGAGCAGCUGGCACGGGCAAAAGUGUUGCAAUCAAAACGGUCAUUAAGAAAGUGCAAGACAGGGCAAAUGUGGCCAUUGCGUGUCCAACAGGUUUGCUGGCAGCCAGUUACCGACGGUCAUUUACAGGAGCCCACAUCGAUACAGUGCACGGGUUUUUCGCACUCCAUGUCGAAGAGCAUUUGACGCUGGACUUGCUCGCAAACUACGAUUUCGUGGUUGUGGAGGAGAUUGGCCAGUUGACAAGAACACAAUUCGAGCGAAUUAUGCGACUGUGGCUAGCAGCAGACCAGCGACCGUGUCUUGUUUUCCUCGGUGACUUCAAGCAAUUGCCCUCUAUAGACAACAGCAACGCGAGAGCCAGUCCUCUGUGCAAACAUGUUCGCUGGUGGGAAUUGCGCCAAGUGCAACGCAGCACUUGUCCGGAAUUGACUCGCAAGUUGCAACUGCUGCGAGACCGCCAGCCUACCGACUCGCAGCUGCAAGCAAUAUUACGCGGACACUCCAUCAGCAAGGGUGACCGCCCAACCCGCGAAGAGGUAGCGGGAGUUCUGGAAUCGCAGCGCGAAGUUACCAUGGUAACCUUUACUCGAAGGGCUGCCGAAGAGCUGAACCAGAUGGCGGUCGAAAUUCAAUUUGCAGACCAUGAGCCACUACGCAUCGUCCCGACUGACCCAGAUGCCAACAUUGACAACAAACUUCGCGGUGAGCACGUCAAGUAUGAAUGCUCUUACACCGCCUUGCACAUCGGCAUGAAGCUGAUGUUGACUCGCAAUGUAAAUAAGGAGGGCGACCACGUGAAUGGGAUGUUUUGUCAUCUGGAAGCUGUCGGCCGACAUGGCCUCAGGGUCAGGACGGCUACGAACAGAGUCGUCCUGGUGUGCCCGCACACUGAAACCCAGCUGCUCGCUGACGGCAGCACAGCCAGGGCAACAUUCUACCCCCUGCGAUUGGGGUAUGCGACAACCUUGCACAAGCUGCAGGGGGCCACACUCGACUACAUGGCCCUGUGGCUGGAUAUCGAGGGCAUUCAGGGUGCUGGGUACGUCGCACUGAGCCGCGUCAGAAAAGACACCGACUGGUGUUUCCUGGGUCAGUUGAAGCCGACCCAUUUCUGCCCGGCAUCGGCGUGA